AUGAACCAUGAUCCCUCCCCGAGCUCGCCGGCGCACCCUGACCCCGACCCUGCCAGCCCAGCCCGUCGCAGCCACGCCGCUGCUGUUAACGGAGGCGAUGUCGACGAGCAGCAGCACCAGCGACAAGACAAUGGCUCUGCCCCGGGUUCGCGACGCCGGCGCCAGGAGCCGCACCUCUCCAAGAAGGCCAAGGCGGGACUCACCAAGAAGCUCGACUUCCUGCUUCACCUGCUCCUGUGCCUCGACACCCUGAUAUACGCCGAGCUGGGCACACUGUACUAUAUGGACUGCUCCUUCUUCCGCCUCAUGAUCCGCUGGAUCCCGCACUGGCUCUUCCUCGGCGUCAAGGCCGACCACGUCAUCCUGCCGCUGCUGAACUACCCCGUGGGGCUGAUCGUGGGCGCCAACGCGCUGUGCAUGCUGCUGCACCUGGCGACGGCGCUGCCCACCGCCGGCGAGGCCGCGCGCGGCUACCUGCACGGCGGCGUGCUGGUCGACUUCGUCGGCCAGAAGCCGCCCUCGUCCCGCCUCGUCCUGCUGCUGCUCGACGCCGUCGUCCUGGCCCUGCAGUGCGUCAUGCUGGCCGUCAGCAUGGAGAAGGACCGCGUCAAGAAGAUCGUCAGCCCGCCCCAGCAGCCGCAGACCGCCGACGCGGCGGGCGCGGGCGCGGGCGCGGCGGACGCGCCGCCCGUCACGGGCCAGGACCACGACGCGGAGGAGCGAGGCGUUCUCCGAGAUGCGCCGGCGGCAGACGCAACGGAUGAUAUCGAGAUGCAGCCCCUGGGAGGCAACGACGACGGGGAUGAAGAACGGUCUUCGCUUCUGGGCCGGCGGAGAACUGACGAUUACGAGAAUCUUGAGGACGUCUUGUCGUCCGGGAACGCGAUACUGGCCGACCUGCACGUGAGACAUGCGCUGAGGACGGCCUGGACGGACCGGGGAAACACGUCACAGGCCGCGGCGGCGUAUACGCUGCAGAAUGUGGGCUACAAUGCCACCCUGGCGGCCCUGGCAGCGCAGAGGAGGGCCAGGCUCGCGGCGGCGCAGACGGGGGCCCAGGUGGGACGGUCAUGA